AUGGCGGAAGAUGACCUGCAGCAGCUUCAGAAGUGGAUGGGCGAAACGCGAAGCUUCGUGUUGGGAGGUGGCACGAGCAUCGCCUGGCGUGUGGAACAGCUGGAGUUGUUGCUCAACCUGCUGCGCGAAGAGAAGGAUGCCAUUCUGAGUGCCUUGGACGACGACUUGGGAACGGGUGCGGACGAGGGACAAGCCUUGGUCUUGCAGCUGUGCCCGCUACUCCUGGACGUAAAGGAGGCGAUCAACAACUUGGAAUCCUGGAGCAGAGCGAAAAAAGUGCCUACCCCACUGGCCUUGCAACCGGCCUCCUGCUAUGUGCAAGCGCAGCCAAAAGGAGCUGUUUUGGUGAUUGGCGCUUGGAAUUAUCCAUUUAAUGUGACGAUCAACCCAGUGGUCUCAGCACUGGCCGCGGGCAACGCGGUGGUGGUGAAGCCCGCGGAGUUGGCGCCGCAGAGUGCGCAGGUCAUGCACCGCAUCUUUUCCCGCAUGGAUCCGCGGGCCGUGAGAUGUGUGCUGGGCGGCGUGGAGGUGUCGAAGAAAUUGAUUGCCAUGACGUGGGACCACAUCGCCUACACAGGCUCGGGACGCGUGGGCAAACUGAUCCUGCAGGCGGCAGCGCCCAACCUGACGCCUGUGACGUUGGAACUCGGCGGCAAGUCGCCGGUGAUCAUGUGUGGAGGAAUCAACAUCGAGGAGGCAUGCAAACGCAUCGUCGUGGGCAAGUUCUCCAAUUCGGGGCAGACCUGCAUCGCGCCGGACUACGUCCUGGUGGAGCGGGGCGUCCGGGACGAGGCGUGGUGA